UGAAUUGCACUCGCUUUUCCGCCGUCACAAGCCCGCCCGGCUCCACCUCUCGGCAGAAAAGCGCCGAGGAGGUCAAAGUUCUGUAGUCUACAAUCGCAGUUUGCGAAGCUUGAUAGACUAGCCUAAGGAAAGAACCUCGCCUUCUCUGUGGUAAUCGCCGUCACUGUGUUUCUGCGACUUUGAUUUUAUGGAUGAAUUCGAAGUGGGUCUUUCGGAGACUGAGCUCCCAUGUCUCUCCUCGGUCUUCUCUCGCUCCUCCGCUCCGAGCUCAGACCUUUCCAGACGCUUCAUCGCAAGCUUCUACUUUUGUUCUCGACAACGUACACGUGAGCCGCCUUCUGUCCACUUGCGGCAGAGAAGGGCGUUUCCUUCUGGGCUCUUCUCUUCACGCAUCCAUUAUCAAGAACCCUGAACUACACGACCUAGGAAAUGAGGACCUCUUUCGAAAUGGUCUUGUUGUUUGGAACUCUCUGCUCUCGAUGUACGCGAAGUGCGGAGACAUGCUGGAUGUCGUUAAGCUGUUUGAUGAAAUGCCCGCGAAAGACACUAUUUCCUGGAACACUGCGCUAUUUGGGUUCUUGAGGAAUGGGGAGUUUGAGAUGUGCUGUAGGACGUUCAAAAGAAUGUGGGAAGGGGGUGUUCAGGGUGUGGAUAAAGCCACGGUAACGACGAUUCUGUCUGGUUGUGAUACCCGUGAGCUUUCUCGUGUAGUUGAGUUGGUGCAUGGCAUAGUCUUCAGGGGUGGAUUUCAAAGGGAAGUUACGAUUGGGAAUGCUCUGAUCACAUCGUAUUUCAAAUGUGGUGGCAUUGAUUGGGGAUUGCAGGUUUUUAAUGAAAUGUUCGAGAGGAAUGUAAUUAGUUGGACGGCUGUUAUCUUUGGCCUUCAACAGAAUGAGUUUUUUGAGGAUAGUUUAAAGUUAUUUAUGAGUAUGCGUAGCGGAUCACUCAAUCCGAAUACUCUCACAUACUUGAGCUCCAUCAUGUCGUGUUCAGGUCUACAAGCAAUAAACGUGGGGCGCCAGUUGCACAGCAUCACCUGGAAAUUGGGUAUUCAGUCAGAUUUAUUGGUAGAGAGUGCACUGAUGGAUAUGUAUGCAAAAUGUGGAAGUCUAGAAGAUGCACUGGAUUUAUUCGAGUCUGCAGAGACUAUAGAUGAGGUUUCUAUGACUGUAAUACUUGUAGGUUUUGCACAAAAUGGGUUUGAAGAACAAGCUAUACAAAUGUUUCUGAAAAUGGUAAAGGAAGGGUUGGAGAUUGAUUCUAAUGUGGUUUCUGCUGUUCUUGGGGUUUUUGGUGUCGAUACUUCUCUAGGUUUAGGUAAACAAAUUCACUCUUUGAUUAUCAAAAGAAGCUUUUCGCAUAUUCCCUUCGUCAGCAAUGGAUUAAUAAACAUGUAUGCGAAGUGUGGAGAUAUCGUGGAGUCACUCAAAGUCUUUAGUCGGUUGCCUUCAAGAAAUUUGAUCUCAUGGAAUUCCAUGGUUAAUGCUUUUGCAUGUCACGGAGGUGGCUAUGGAGCUCUACAGUUGUACGAAGAAAUGAAAAUGGAAGGUGUAAAGCCGACAGACGUUACGUUUCUCUCUUUGCUUCAUGCUUGUAGCCAUAUUGGCUUAGUCAAGGAGGGAAUGGAGGUUUUAGAUUCAAUGGAAAGGGAGUAUGGAAUUAGUCCAAGGACAGAGCACUAUGCUUGUGUUGUCGACAUGUUGGGACGGGCUGGUCGCCUUGCUGAAGCGAAGAGUUUCAUAGAGGGAAUGCCCACGGAACCUGGUGUUCUAGUUUGGCAAGCCUUGCUUGGUGCUUGUAGCAUGCAUAGUGAUUCUGAGAUAGGAAGGUAUGCUGCCGAGCAGCUGAUUUCUGCUGCACCCGAGACCCCUGCGCCAUACAUUUCGCUGGCCAAUAUAUAUUCUGCUGAAGGUGAUUGGAAAGAGAGAGCAAGGACUAUAAAAAGAAUGAAAGAGGCUGGGGUGACUAAAGAAACGGGCAUUAGUUCGAUUGAGAUUGAGAAGAAAGUCCAUAGCUUUGUUGUUAGGGACAGGAUGCACACGCAAAGUGAAAUCAUUUUUGAAGUUAUAAAGGAGCUGUUUCCUUUGAUGACAGAUGAAGGAUAUACACCUGACAAGAUUCGCUCUCUAUUCUUGGACGCAGAUUAGAGCAGAAGCAAGUGUAGUUACUGACCAUUUGGAUUCAGUCUUGUGAUGAAAAGAAAAUAGGAUUAGAAUGUUACUUGAGUUAGAAAGAUAUGCGGACUGGAACAAAGUAUAUCAGAAGAGGUGACUUGAUGAACUUCGUAACGUGAGUCUGCUCAACCAUCUAUGACAGACAGCAAAUUAAGUGGAAACAUUUUUUUGGUCUUAUCAUAGUUUCUGCUGGGGUAGCUUUUAUGUAGAUAUAUUUGAAUGUUUGAAAGUCCGCCUUAUACACAUGGAUGGAUAAAUCGUCGGAUGAGAAAUUGUGAGCUGUCAGUUCUGCAGAAUGAUGGUUUCCACCAUGUUUGAUCUGAUGUAACACUCACUUGUAUCCUGAAGUGGAUACAGAUCCACCAAGGGCACUCUCUCUCGAACAUGAAGUGGGUUUGAAUCCAUCUGAUGCAGUUUCAAGGGUGGUUGUGAAGAAUUUCUCAAUUUUGUAGGUGAAUUUACUGAGAUACUGCUAGUCCUAGAAUCAGCUGCGGUGAUGACAGUGAUGGAGCUUUGAUUCCGAAGAACCAAUGCAUGGAAAAAUCAGCUUUUAAGGUGUUGAUGGUUUGGAUACCAGGAACUAGAAAUACAUUGGACCUCUUCCAUUUCGCGAUCAUAGGUAGCUUGUAUAAAUCUGUGAAGAAUCUCAUCAAUUCAGAUUUGGUAUAUUGAAAAUGGGGCAUAAUGCUGGAGGAUUUCACAGCGAAUUCUCGAUUCAUUAGAUUUGGUACUCUGGAGGUUCAAUGAUCAGUUGGAAUCUGGAUCACUUCCUGCUUGAGAGAUCAUUCUUUUCAGUGGGUUGCCCAGCAUCAACUAAGUUGAGGCAAUGUGUAGAUUCCUUCUUCUGAAGAUAUCGCAAUUCACUGUUUUGGAGUAGAUUUUCUAAAUAGGACUGCCAAGAAUCACAUACUUCGAUGGAGAGAGAGAUAUUGUCUGUGGCCAGUUGAGUUCAUGGGUUGGAAUGGAGGGGAUCGUUUGUUUGGACCUACAAUCGAAUCUCCAUAUGACUUAGGCCUUUCGAGGCUUAUGAGGAUUCCUGCUUAGAGUUUGAAGGUCUUUGCAACAUGUUAAAGAAACUGAA